AUGCUAGUGAACCAGGCACCGGCUAUUCAUCCUAGAGACCUGCAGAACUCCUCUGAUUCUGAUUCCGUUGCCGCCACAAACACCUUGGCCUCGUCGUCUGCAUCCUCGUCCCCCAACGGCCCCCGUGACUCUGGUUCCUUGACUAUGAGCACACCCCCAUCGUCCCUUCCUAGCCAACUUUCAUCCACUUCCAUUUCUGCAUCCAUGAGUCUGCCUGUCGCCUCGUCGCUGGACAGCCUGAUCCAAGAGUCGCUGGGACUGCUCCUGAGUCCUGCCGUGGGCUCAUCAGUAUCCAGUGGCACUUCUGCCGUGCCCUCCAGCACCAUUCCGUCCUCGUCAUCCGGCGCUGGGUCCUCCAGUGUGCUCCUGAGCACGCUGCUGAGCGUCUCCUCGAGCUCUUCCUCGAGUGUCUCGUCGUCGUCGGCGUCUUCCAGCUCCUCAACGCUUCCGUCGACCUCGUCCACCACCACUUCGUCCACAGCCCCAAGCUCGUCCUCCAGUACGAUCUCGUCUUCCACCGAGUCUAGCUCCUCCUCCUCCUCCUCCUCCUCCACCGAGUCGAGCACCACAACGUCUUCUUCCAGCUCGUUCUCCUCCUCCAGCUCCUCCAGUGAGUCGAGCACCACCACCUCGUUUUUCAGCUCCACCAGUUCCACCACCACCUCUUUCUCUUCGUCCUCCUCCUCCUUCUUCUCCUCCUCGUCGGAGUCAUCAUCGUCUUCUUCCCGCUCACGCUCAUCACUCCCAUCCUCGUCGUCAGCACCAUCCACCACGUCGUCUUCUCCAAGUUCCACCACCACUGCGCCUUCCACCACAGAUGCUCCUUCCUCCUCCCAGUCUUACACCUCCAUCAUUACCUCGCCCCACACCACCAUCACCACCGUCAUCACCGUACCCAGCUCGCCUGCCAACGACGCAGCAUCCUCCGACAACCACGACAACUCGCUGAGAAACUCCAAGUUGAUCGGUGGCCUUGUCGGCUCCAUCGGAGGAACCAUCUUUAUCGGGGUGUUAGUUGUGUUGUUCCUCUUCUUGAAGAGAAAGAAGAAUCUUAAGAACCAAUCGCCAGACUUCAACGACGGCUCGUUGAGCGACCGUCAAGAAACCGCCGAAACCUCUAAGUUUGGCUUCAGCAAGCUCUUUGGCCCCAAGAAACAGCACCAAAACACUUUCGGUGACCAGCGAGGCUCGGUUGCCGGAAUCAACGACUUGGAGAGGCAGCUCAACGUCACCAACACUAAGUACUACGGGGCUGCUGCCACCGGAGGCAUGGGUGCCGCCGGAGCUGCCCAUUCUGGAAAUGGCGACGACGACGACUUCUUCUACCGUGGUGUCACCAAUAACAACAACCUUGACUCGGUGUUCCGGUUGGCUCCAAGCUCGGGCCAAACAAGUAUUGGCAAGGGUGGUGACACCACCACGUCUGCAUCGUCACGACGCCACACUCAGUUGAAUUCAUACGGCCAUCCAUUGGCCUCUCCUGAACAGUUUAACUUCAACGAAGACAGUGAAAAUGAGCCGUUGAAUUUCCACAGCCAUGGCGAUAUUCCCUACUCGGAUGGAUCUGAGUCGGAGUCGGAGUUCAAUCCGUCUGACUACGAUGAGGGCAUGUUGCCUGGUGCAGGAGGGGCCCAUGGCCACAAUAGAAACAUUGACACCUUGAGGGCCAAUGUGUUCAUGCACCCCGAGGAAGGGGGCAGCAACAACUCGCGAAGCAGAUUCGCCGAAAUCAUCUGA